GAACUAUCCACUCAGUAUUUAUGCAGUAGUGAAUCGUUGCACACCAAGUACAAGUACAUCAUCUUCCUGGAAAAACAACUAUUUGCCAAGAUAAGUCAUACAUGAGUAGGUAUUCUGGUCCUGAAAGAUCAUCUCUAAGAUUGAAAAAAUAUCAAGUAGUCAGCGAUGAAAGCAGUGCGAAAAGGUCGUGAAAAAAAGGAGGAGCUUGAGGAUGUGGCGGACGUUUUAGGGGGUUCCACUGCAGCAGCAAGUAUUGCAUUAGCUGGUCGUCACAGGCCCGAGGAAUUAGCAACAUUAGCCAAAACUACGAGGUUCACUAGGAAGGAAAUUCAACUCAUCUAUCGUGGCUUCAAACAGGAAUGUCCCACUGGUCUUGUUGAUGAGGAGGGCUUCAAGCAGAUAUUCUCUCAGUUCUUCCCCCAGGGCGAUGCCAGCCAGUACGCACACUAUGUCUUCAAUACGAUGAAGCGAAAACCCUCUGGGAAAAUCAGUUUUGAGGAGUUCCUCUCGAUUCUGUCAAAAGUAUCCCGAGGAUCUGUGGAGGAGAAACUCCAGUGGGUUUUCGGUCUUUACGACCUGGACGGUGAUGGUUUAAUAAGUAAAGAGGAAAUGCUCGAUGUAGUUGGAUCCAUAUACGAAAUGUUAGGUCGUUACACCCAACCACAAAUCGCAGAGCCCCAGCUGGCAGCGAGAGAACACGUCGACCGUAUUUUUCACCUCAUGGAUACGAACAAAGACGGGGUUGUCACAAUCGAAGAGCUUGUCACGUGGUGUUCAAAGGACGAACAACUUCUCCAGAGUUUAGAUACUCUCGACACAGUAUUAUGAAAAUUUAUGAUUCAAAUGUUGUGCGGUGGAAAAAUGGAGAGAAGAGAUUCUAUUUAUUAUACAUUCAUUAUAAUCUUGUUAUAAAUCAAUUUGAAUUAACAGAUGCAUUGCCCAUGCAAUCGCACAAAUUUUACUGUUCAGUACCUUUCUCAUUCGAUAACAAUCAACCGUAGAAUAAUUACUGCAGAGUGAGAAGAUUUAGAAUUCAUGAAUUCAUAUCCGAGGAAAUUUAAUGAGAGCAAAAUGCUGCAUGGAUAAUUAUUAUUAUGAAAUUAUGAAUAUUUAAAUAUAAAUUUCAGUAGAAGUGCACCAAAAGAAAGGGCUUUCAGAACAUCUGCGCAUAAAACGUCGAGGAAUGUUGAUAAUUAACAGUAAAUAUUGCUUUGGUCUCUUACUGAAAGCCACGAUUACAAUCAAUCUCACUAGUAUUAUAUAGAUUUCAAAUAAUAAUGGAAAUCCAACAAAUUUACAACUCGUUACCCUGACUUGUGCAGUCUUUUAGAAAUCAUGUAGGAUUCCUAUGAAUUAUUGCAGUAAUUUUAUUGGCAUUGAGCCUGUGCUCAGUUCUUUCACUUCACUUUUUCUUCAUAUCAAUUUGAACUUUGAGGAUUCUCCGUUAAACUAUUAUUAUAUGGAUAAUUACUUGCACAACACAAUAAAAAAAUGUAUGAGAACUUCUAAUAAACAGAUAAUUUACUAAAAUGUACAGAAGGUAUUCCAGAAAUAAUUGAAAUUUCAUAUAUUGUGUC